AUAAUGUACUAAUUAAGCAAAAUAUUAGAGAAUUUUAAAUCAGUCUUAUUAAGACCAGGAAACUGAAUAGAAUGGCUUUUACAAACACAAUUAUAUUGUUGGUGAUUGCUACACUACAAUUAUCCCAGCAGACAUCCUUACCCAGUGAUCCUACUUAUAAUGCUGGUGUGGUGGAGUUUAUACCUGCCAAGAAUGGAGAAGGCAAGGCUUUAGUCAAAGAUAAUUUGGCACGCAUGAAAGCUAUUAUAGAAUCGGAGGAUACCAAGGAUUUGGAUAUUUUAGUAUUUCCCGAAUUUGUUUUAAACAAUUUGGACAUGAUGACAUAUGUGCCAGACCCCAAGGAUAAUAUUGUGCCCUGUGAAAUACCAAAUUAUGAUUGGUUUCUCACCGAGUUAUCCUGUGCUGUACGCAGUCGUAAAUUGUAUGUUGUGGUGAAUGUGGUGGAAAAGUUUCAAUGCCUUGCCUCAGAUGACAACUGUGCCGCAGAUGGUUUAAAGAAAUAUAAUACCAAUAUAGUGUUUGAUCGUGAGGGUCGUGUUAUAUCUCGUUAUCGUAAGACACAUUUGUAUCGUUAUGAAUGGUACAAAGAAAAUGUGUUACCUCAAGCUGAAUUAGCCACCUUUACCACUGACUUUGGUGUGACUUUUGGCCAUUUUAUUUGCUUUGAUAUGAUGUUCUAUGAGCCGGCUCAGGUUUUGAUAAGACAACUAAAUAUAACCGAUAUUGUUUAUCCUACCUAUUGGUUCUCGGAAUUGCCAUUCUUAACGGCUGUACAACUGCAAGAAGGAUGGGCUUUUGCCAACAAUGUAAAUUUACUGGCCGCUGAUGGCAGUUAUCCAGCGGGACAAAAUACUGGUUCGGGUAUUUAUGCCGGUCGUUUGGGACGUCUUGCAGCUGUUAUAUACGAGCAACCCACUACCAAAUUGCUUACGGCCAAGGUGCCCAAGCGUCAGAAUUUUAAUAGCUAUCAAUUGCCAGCAGUUGUUAAGCCUUUAUUUGUGCCUCAUUUAGAAAGCAUUCGUUAUACAAAACUGGAUUUAUUGCGUGACUACAAUGUGGAUAUAUUUAAUACCUCAUUGCUAGAGGAAUCGUUUACCCAGGUCAAUGAGACGAUAUGUCAUCAUAACUUUUGCUGCAGUUUUAAUGUAGACAGAGUUAAGAUUGCAGAUUCAGUUAAACACAGUUCUUACCGCUAUCGUUUGGCUGCCUAUCGUGGUUCCCAAACCACUUUCGAACGUAUUGAUAGCAGCAAUCAAAGUGUCUGUGCUUUAAUAGCCUGUACUGGCAGUGAGCUGUAUACCUGUGGCCACAUUUUCCCAGAAAGUGUUCUAGUGGGCAAUAAGUACUAUUUUAGUGCAAUAACUGUAACAGGUAAUUUUGUGAAUUCCGAAAGGCGCAUAAUUAUGCCAAGCACUGUAAAUUCUGUUAUGAUGCCUUUAACUGUGGAUACAUUUGAGUGGUUGGAAACCGACAGUAAUACUUCAACUCAUAUACAAAUGAGUCUUGUUGAGCCCCAACAGGAUCUUUUGACUUUUGGUAUAUGGGCCAACUAUUACAGUACCGUUAAGAAUACCCAUAAUUUGAAUAUCUUCACAAAGAAUACACAACAAAUACAAAAGCCUGUCAACAAUUCAGCAUUUACUCUCAAUGCAGGUUUCAAUAAUUUCACAAAAUUAUUGCUUUUGGGAUUAAUAAUGUUUGCAGUUAACAAUUUGUAAUAGAAUAGUAAA